AUGAGCAAACUCCAUUUCGUUUGUAAAAAUGAAGAUGAUACAGACGAAGAAGUAUUCGCGCAAUAUUAUGAGCCUCCUUCUUCAGACGACUUUAAAGAUUUAAGUACAUGUAGUCCGUUUCUUCUCUUUCGCAGAAAGGUCAAUGAAGCUUUGAAGAAGGGUGGAAGAGUAAAAAGUUUAGUGGAAAUCUCUAGACUCGCAUCAAAAUUGUGGGAUUCAAUGGUUGAUGAUGAAAAAGAUCAAUACAAUCAAUUAUCGACUGCAUUAUCCCGUCAACCCGGUAAUUGGAGAAAUAUAUCUUCAAUCCGAUACCUGCAAAUAUCAGUUCCCAAUUCUAACUUUCCUGGAUCCGAGUUAUCCCGUCAAUUUAUCGAUGUAUCAAAUAUCUCUUCGAUGGAGCAUCCAAUUCCUACCGCUAACGCACCUGAAUCCGAAUAUUUUUUAUAUUCCAAAGAGAUUUGGACUGACGAAGAUUCAAAUUUAUUUGGAUUAGACAAUGAAUUUUAUGUUACAAGGUAA